CAUUAAGUGAAAUAAUUGAAUUAAGAGAAUUUUGUAUCUGAAAUAAGAGCAUAUGAAAUUUGGAAAUUUCAAAUCAGUUUAAACAUGAUCGUAUCAGUUAAAAUUGCAGUAAAAUAAAGUAGCUCGUGGAGUCUUGGUACACACGAGUAUGUCCACGCUUCUAUUGCGUUCGUUUCAGAUGCUACUGCAUUUGCAAACAAUGAAGGAUGAACCACAUAAAUAGAAACUGAUAUCUGAUAAUGCAAUUAUAAAUACAACAAAUACCAGAAAAAAUGAAUGGGAUAAACUAUUUAUCAGAUUUUGUUUCCUGAUUUAGAUGCAUGUCUGUUACUGCAAUCGAAAUUUCCAUAUAAUGAUAACGACUCUUAUGAAGUUUGAGUCAACUUUAGUGCCAGACGAUGAGAUGCUGUGGGCAAGUGAUUGAGACGCGUCAGACAGCAGCGGAAGAUCGUACGAUCACUUGUGUAAUUGUGUUGUCAGACAGACUUAGUAACCUUCUUGUUAAGAUGGCGGGUGGACGCGAAGCUAAAACUUCUCUGGACCCUGAACCCGAGCCGAACUUCGUACAACAAAUAAUUAUGGAAGCUCUGUCUUCGCCUCUGAAUUUAGCCCUUCUAACAGUUUGUUGCGUACUAAUAUAUAAAAUAUUCCGAGCUUCAAGAGCACCACCUCCAGUUGCAGCCCCAAGUGAACCUUCUAUACCCAAAAUGAAGAAGCAGGACAUGACAUUAACACAGCUACGUCAGUAUGACGGCACUGGUGAAGGAAAGAGAGUAUGUGUGGCUGUCAAUGGCAAAAUUUUUGAUAUGACUCGCAGCUCACACUUCUAUGGCCCAGGUGGAGUAUACUCUGCAUUUGCUGGCCAUGAUGCCACACAUGCUCUAGCCUCCUUCAACAUUGACGACAUCAAGAAUGAAAGCAGCGACUUGAGCGACCUGACGCCUGCACAGAUGGACUCAGUCAGAGAGUGGGAGAUGCAGUUUACUGAGAAGUAUGACUACAUUGGACGUCUCAUCAAAGAAGGGGAAACGCCAACUGAAUAUUCGGACGAGGAAGAUGCAAAAGAAAGUACGCCAGAUGUUGCGGUUGACUCAGCAGCUCGGCUGAGACCGGCUGCAGCAGCUACCGUGCAAAACAUGGCCACGGAGAAGGGCAGCGGUGCUGAUGAAGAGAAAACUGUUGGUGAUGAUGAAGUGAAAGAUGUUGGCAGCAAAAAAAGUGAAUAGUUCUCUUGUGUAUUCCAAUUAGUUUUGUAUGUAUGUUUCUAUUGGAUAUAUCAUGUGCAAGUUUAAAUUUUUUUUUCGUUAGGUAUGAAACUAUGCAGUAAAAUCUUUUAUGAAAAUUAGACAAAAGGGGACAAAUAUUGCGUGAACGUGUUUGUACCUAAACCUAAUACAAUUAGAUAGAUCGACCCUAAGCUUGAGAAUGAAUUUGAAUAAUCGAAGCUAGUAAAAAAAACAUUGCCAAAAACUAUCCUUGAAAUGUUCAUUAAUAAAUACCGUACCUUAAUUUUAAAUUUCCUGAAAGUAUAAAGGUGCUUUUUUGAGAGAUAAUGUGAA